AUGUGCCAAAAUGUCACGAAGACGAACUUCGUACGGAGUGAGAACGAAAGUUCUCGUCCUUCGCUUCGUUAUGUCACGAAUACCACCAAGGCCGUGGUCUCCGAGCGUGGCAAAGCUCCUGUAAAAGUAAGGGAUGUUCCGAAAGCAGCAUCAAAGCGGCCGACUCAUCAGACACGUCCUCCUACCACACGGAGCGGUGUAUUGAGACGCAGCAGCAGUUCUGCUCCUGUUGCCGCUCGGUCCAGCAACACGACUGUCAGUCGAAGGUCAUCAACGACUGCAAUCAGUGAUCCUUCUAAGCUCGCACCAGCAGCAGCCACGAAUAUUGGCAAUGUCACUGAUCACCGUACUGCAGCUGCUCAUGAAGACUAUGCAGCUGAUCAUCACAAUACUGCUGUUCAUGACAACGAUGUCGCUGAUCUAGAUGCUGCAGCUAUCCAUGAAGAGAGUGUCGCUGAUCAUUCGAGUACUGCUGUUUAUGAAAAGGAUGUCGCUGAUCAAGUUGCUGCAGUUAUUCACGAAGACAUUGUCGCUGAUCAUCUCACUGCUGCUGUUCAUGACGAGGAUGUCGCUGAUCACGUUGCUCCAGCUAUCCAUGCAGUGAGUGUCGCUGAUCACUCGACUGCUGCUGCUCAUGACGAGGAUCCCCCUGAUCACCAUACUGCACCGAUUCAUGUGGAGGAUAUCGCUGAUCACGUUUCUGCUGCUAUCCAUGAAGAGAAUGUCGCUGAUCGUCUCAGUGCUGCUGUUUAUGACAGCGAUGUCACUGACCACGUUGCUGCAGCAAUCCCAGACGAGACUGUCGCUGAUUAUCUGACUGCUGCUGUUCAUGACGAGGAUCUCCCUGAUCAUCUUAUUGCUAUUGAUUCUCACAGUGUGAAGGCAACUGAUUUGGACACGAAGGUGGUGACACGACAUGCAUCCAAUCAUGAGGAAGCAACAAACGAAGUGACGCGAUAUGUUUUCCAGCGAAGGGAUAGUGCUGGAUGUUGUGCAGGUAGCAACGCUGGUCCAGGGAGGCACAUCUUGACCAUGACGAAGCAGCUCAUCAAGAAGACCCUGGAAGUAAAAGUGGAGUCUUGUUGGGAUGUUGAUGCUCAAGACCGUGAUAACCCGCUUGCCGAGACAACUUACGUCGCUGACAUUUACCACCAUUACAAGAUGACAGAGAAGGAGGGAAUGGUUUGCUCCACUUACAUGUCUGCACAAUCCGAAAUUAAUAGUCAGAUUCGAGGCGUUGUGCUCGAUUGGGUGGUUCAGGUCCAUGAAUCCUUUAAUCUGAUGCCUGAAACUCUGUUUUUGGCUGUCAACAUCUUUGAUCGAUAUCUUGCUGCCACUCAUGUACCCAAGGAACACAUUCAGCUGGUUGGAGCAGCUUGCAUUUUAAUUGCUGCGAAAUACGAGGAGAUUUACACUCCUCUUGUUGCUGACUUCGAAUAUAUUGGAGAUGGCGCCUAUACGCGAGGACAGAUGCUCAUGAUGGAGAAGCAGAUAUUGAACAAGAUCUCGUUCAAGCUUAGCAUCCCAACAUGCUACAUGUUUGCUGCUCGUUACCUUAAUUUCGCCAAGGCUGCAGCUGAGGCCACCACGGCUUCAGAUGUAGCUUCAAAUGGGUGGAGCAUCGAAGUUUCAAAGGGAACCAGCAGUCGGGUGCAUGCCUUUGCAUGGUACCUUCUGGAGCUGACCAUUCCAGAGAUCAGCAUGGUGCAAUUCAGUCCGUCCCAUCUUGCUGCAGCAGCAGUAUACACUGCUCUGCUUGGAGCCUAUCAAAAGGGGAAGGCAGCCAAGUCAGCUGGUUCAGAGAGCAACCAGACCAUCAUGCACCGUAGGCCAACCAAUGAAGGUGAAAUCUGGGGAUCACGCAUGGCUGACUUGACUGGUUAUGAAGACCAGGAGCUGUGGCACUGUGUGGGGCUGUUGCUGGAGUUAUACAAGACAGCUUUGUCGAGUCGCCAUGGUGCGGUGUAUGAGAAGUACCAAGGGAAGAAGUUUCUGGAAGCUGCCACCUAUCCAGCACCACUGUCAGAGACGUGA